AUGUCUUUGAGAUCACCAUUCUACGACUUCUUUGAUGCUAUUAACCAGGAAGUUGAUUCUUUCAACAAUAGGUACCUAGGUGACUUAACCAGAAACAAGUCUCUAGUUAAACCUAACAGUGGAAGAGUUGGCAAAUGGCUAAGCAGUGUUGAAAUAAUACCACCUGUGGACCUAAUUGAACACAAUGACUACUACGAAAUACACGCUAGUAUUCCUGGGGUUAAGAACGGUGAAGAUAUUAACCUAGAGUUGCACGAAGAUAAAAAUGAAGUAGUCAUUUCUGGUAAUGUGCCAGCAAGGGAAACUGAAGAAAACCGUGAUGGCUGGAGAAUAAAGGAAUGUGCUUCUGGUAGUUUCACACGUGUCGUGGAACUUCCACCACAGCCUAAGAUCGAUCCAGAGAAGAUUGAGGCUAGUUACAACAAUGGUGUGCUAACCUUGAAAUUGCAAAAGUUACCUCCAGCUGAGAGAAAGAAGGUCCACAAGAUCCAAAUCGCCUCCAGUUGA